UACAGACAUCGGGAGCGCGUGGUGGCGCGCGGCCGUCGACGCAAGGUUGAAGUGAUAGAAAGCUUCUCCGGUUGCUCGAGCAGGCUGAGCUGUGGAUGUAAAUUUCUGUUUGUCGCUCUCGCUGUGCGCAGUUGUGCUGGGGAAGUGACAUUGCAUUUCCUCUUUUUCAUAUCCCAACCUUCUUUCUGUGUUGUCCAUUGUUAGCACUUUCGCUGCCGUCUCCCUCCGCAUUUACUUGCUGCAGUAGCACUUUGAGCACCCUGAGCCGUUCCGGUUAUUUGAUGAUCGUGGCAGAGGAGAGGAUAAUUUUGGUCCUAUGAUGGAGCCCUGGAAGCAAUGCGCUCUUUGGCUAAUAAACUGCAAGGUGUUGCCUCCCAAUCAUCGGGUAACGUGGGACACCGCACAAGUAUUCGACCUGGCACAGACUCUAAGGGAUGGGGUUCUUCUGUGCCAGCUUCUCAACAAUCUGAAACCGCACUCACUUAAUUUGAAGGAAAUUAACCUGAGGCCGCAAAUGUCACAGUUUCUCUGUCUGAAGAACAUUAGGACUUUCUUAACAGCAUGCUGUGAAACAUUUGGAAUGAAGAAAAGUGAUCUAUUUGAUGCUUUUGAUUUGUUUGAUGUUCGCGAUUUUGCAAAGGUUAUUGACACUUUAUCAAGCCUCUCCUAUACAUCACUUGCAGUAGCUACUGGUAUAAGGGGGUUUCCUUCCGAAGAGAUAGUGGAUGAUGAAGAUAUAUACAAGUUCCUUCCUGAUUUAAUUGAUGAAACAGGUGUAGAUGAUGAAGAAGAGCUCUAUGACUGUGUCUAUGGAGAUGAAGAUGAAGCAGGAGAAGUAUACGAAGACCUAAUGAAAACAGAAGCAGCGCUUCCAGCAAAACAUGUUGAAACUGACAUACGCAGCUGUUGCCUCUUGGAAAUUAAACAGACAGAAGAAAAAUACACAGAAACACUGGAAUCUAUAGAAAAUUGCUUCAUGCUCCCACUGAAGAGGUUCCUGAAUCCGUGUGAUGUAGACGCUAUCUUUAUUAACAUUCCUGACUUGGUGAAGGUACAUAGGAGUCUGCUACAGGAUCUUCGUGAUGCCAUUAUGAAUAGAACUGAACAGAAGCUUCACGAUGUUUUUCUGUCCUAUAAAGAAAGGUUGCUAAUUUAUGGCAAAUAUUGCAGCCAAGUAGAAAGUGCAAUAUCACGUUUGGACAGCAUUUGCAAGUCAAGAGAAGAUGUACGACUUAAACUUGAGGAAUGUUCCCAAAGAGCUAACAAUGGGAAGUUUACCUUACGUGACCUUCAGGUUGUCCCAAUGCAGAGAGUUCUGAAGUAUCAUCUUUUGCUUCAGGAACUCGUCAAACAUACCAAGGACCCAGGAGACAAGAAUAAUCUUCGCACGGCACUUGAUGCGAUGAAGGAUUUGGCACAAUAUGUAAAUGAAGUCAAGAGAGACAAUGAAACUCUUCGUGAAAUUGAACAAUUCCAACUUUCCAUAGAAAACUUGAAUCAGUCCCUCAAAAAUUAUGGCCGACCUAAGAAAGAUGGUGAAAUGAAAGUGGCAACUGUUGACAAACGUGCACGGCAAGAUAGGCACGUCUUCUUGUUUGAUAAAGCUGUGAUUAUAUGCAAAAGAAGAGGUGAUAAUUAUGAAAUGAAAGAAGUUGUUGAUCUUCACGAUUUUAAAAUCACAAACAAUCCUACAUCAGAAAAAGAAACUAAAAAGUGGUCAUAUGGAUUUUUCCUCACACAUCAGCAAGGCCUUAAUGGGUUUGAAUUAUUUUGUAAAACAAAAGACCUGCAGAAAAAGUGGAUUGAGCAAUUUGAAAUGGCUCUGUCUAACAUUCAUCCAGAAAGUGCAACUUCAAAGUAUCAUGAUUUCAAAAUGCAUACUUUUGACCGGAUUACAUACUGCAAGGCCUGUCAAAUGCUUUUGAGGGGAACCUUUUACCAAGGAUAUAUGUGCAGCAAAUGUGGUAUAGGAGCCCACAAAGAAUGCUUAGGGCGAGUUGACUACUGUGGCAGAGAGCACAGAAAAGAAAAGUUUGAGACAGGGACCAAUGGACACAGACGCACAGCCAGACAUGCAGAUACAGGUUUACUCAAAGUUCAAGUUAUACAAAACUACAAUGGAGUACCACCACCUCCACAGGCACAUGGGCCACCAUUAAACCUUCAGAUUGGAGACAUUAUUGAAGUCAUUUUUGCAGAUGCACAGAAUUUGUGGUGGCAGGGUAAAAAUAUGACAACUAAGGAAAUUGGUUUCUUUCUAAGUGAUGCAGUUAAGCCAUGUCCUUGUGUACCUAAGCCAGUAGAUUAUUCAGAUCAAUCAUGGUAUGCUGGAACAAUGGAACGAUUACAAGCAGAAAAUGAACUGAUGAACAGAGCAAACAGCACAUACCUUGUAAGGCAGAGGACAAAGGAAUGUGGAGAAUAUGCUAUUAGUAUCAAGUACAAUAAUGAGGUGAAACAUAUCAAGAUCCUAACCAGGGAUGGCUGUUUCCACAUUACAGAAAACAGAAAAUUUAAAAGUGUAAUGGACCUUGUAAAUUACUACAAGCUUCACUCUCUAAAAGAGGGGUUCAGGAGUUUAGAUACAACACUGCAAUAUCCAUUCAAAGAAGCAGAAAAUGCGGCUCUAACAAAAAGCAACAGAAUGAGUGGAGGUUCCCCCUCUUUGUUCUGUGGGUUUUCUUUUGUAACUCCACCAGGCUACAGCUUUGUACCCCCUUCUGCUGCUCCUUUCUGGUCAGUAUUCAGCCCUAAAAUAGUCGGCGUUGCUAGAGCCCGGUACGACUUCAGCGCACGAGACAUGAGAGAGCUGUCAUUGCUAGAAGGUGAUAUUGUGAACAUCUACACUAAGUCUGGAGCAAAUGGGUGGUGGCGAGGAGAGGUGAAUGGAAGGGUUGGAUGGUUUCCUUCAACAUACGUUGAGGAAGAAGAGGAAUAAACUGAUUCAAGCCAGACAUUCGUGUUAAUUUCAGGGAUAGAAAGACUAAUGAAUUCUGAAAGCACUAGCCUUAUGAAGUUUUGAAGCUUCAUUUCUCCAGUCCCACUAUCUGAAGCUGAUAUUGCUGUGACAGUUUUUGACAGAUAUGUGGCUUGCCCGGAGCUUCCCAGUAGUCCUUAUGCCCAUGUCUUGUCGGUGGGGAGUAGAGCAGAACUGAAGUCUUAAUUUGUCAAAAGUACUCCAGAAAAGAGACUACUGUAUAUUGCUUGUCAUGUCACACAGUGCUUCCCAAAGUUCCAUAAAGCUUCAGUAUAUUUUCUGGGACAGAUACCAUCCUUGCAGAGGAAAGGAACUAUAAUAGACGAGUCUUUACCUACUGCUUAGAACUGAAAAUCUUAAGGAAAUAACUUUAAGCAGUAAUGAUGAAUUACGUGCUACCUUUCUAGAGACAUCCUGUGAAGUGUUGGCUCAACAUGUGCAACCUGAGAUUUAAACAAUGCUACGCUUUACUGCUUUAAAUGUUGCAUCCUUGCACUGUUUUGAAAUAUGCAAAUAAUGAUUCCUUACUAAAUAAUGCAAUACUGUGUUAGGCUGGUUUCAGGGGAAACAGAAAUGUGUAUAUAUUUCCUUUAAUGUGAGAAGUGUUGCAGUUUACAGUGUACAAUACAUUAACAAUGCAAAAUUAAUAAAAUCUUAAUUUCUACAAUAUAAAUAUUUCUCAAAAUAGGUUUCAGGAAUUCCAGAUAGUAAGCCAUGUGUCACUUUAAAUACAUUUUGUUUCCUCUAUAUAAAUCAUAAUAUAUAAAAAUAAUAUUAUAAUAGUUUAAGAAUUUGCUGUUUUUGUAUCAUAUUUGACGUUAGCUGUUUCAAUUUAAUAAUGCAGACUUUUGUAUAAAUGUUCUGUAUUAAUGUAUGAAAGGCCCAACAUUUACAUUAUCUAUUUUCCCUUAGCUGUGGUAUGUUUAAAAUCAGGGAUCUAAACUCAUAGUACUGAUAAACAUAUUUUUAUAUGAACUGUGCGAGAAAGGCAUUUGUAUAUCCUACACAUAUGUAUAUUACUGCUCAAGAAACAUUUUCAUUUGUAAAAUAAUCUAUGUACAGUGUUACUGAAUGUGCUAUCAUUUUGUCUCAUUUCUCUCCUUGUAACAGUGGUGCUGUGACGUCAGUAUUAGCCAUCUUAAUGUAGCAUCUUAGAUAUUGAACCACUAUUAAAGGAAAUUAAAAGUUUAAAAAACAAUAGCUAUUAGAUCUAUCUUUUGUAUAUAGAACGAUUAUUCAUUAUGCAUAUAGAAAUACUUUAAAUAUACCAUAUACGUUCAAGCUAAGCCCUCAAGCUCUAACAGAAGUGUAUGUUAAACAUUAAAGCCAUAUGUUAAAUGAGGUAUAACAGUAAUCUCAGAACUAUGAUUUUGUAGUAUGAUAGAAAAAUUUAAUGUUGUGUAGUGAAUGUAUAUUUCUGAUACCAAAGAUCUUUUUUUCAGUUUUCCAUUGUACAUGGCUUGUUAAAAAAAGAAAAAAUGCAGUACUGGUCUGUAAAAUAUUUUAUAAAUAUGUAAGUAAUAAACAAUAAAAAUGUGCAUUAGCUGUCCUGUUA